AUGGCACCAACACGCACAGUAAAAAACAAGCACGCCGCGCCCAAGGGCACUAGCACGGGCGGAAGCAAGUCAUCAUUCAGCGGCGGCGGCAUCUCAAAAUCGAAAGGCAAGGCCGGCUCAAAAUCCAAGGCGCCCGCGACACAGGUUAAGGGGCGGCCGAACCUAAAAGGGCUCGACAAGAAGAAGAAGCAGAAGUCGUACACUGAGAAAGAGCUUGGGAUCCCAGAGCUGAACAUGAUCACGCCCGUCGGCGUGACGAAGCCCAAGGGGAAGAAGAAGGGGAAGGUGUUUGUUGAUGAUCGGGAAAGCAUGACAACCAUUCUCGCCCUCGUCCAAGCCGAAAAGGAAGGGCAGAUCGAAUCCAAGAUGAUGCGGGCGCGGCAAAUGGAAGAGAUCCGCGAGGCGCGCCGCGCCGAGGCCGACAAGAAGGAGGCCGAACGAAAGGCUCGGUUGGAGGACACCAAGGAGUCGCUACGGCGGAAACGGAAGCGUACGGCUGGGAAGAGCGGUGGUGAUCGGGAUGAUGGGGAGGAGAACGUGAAGGCCGUUGCGUUGACGGGGACGAAGGCGGCCAAGGCGAAGAAGAAGAGGGUUUCUUUUGCUGGGGCGGAUUGA